AUAGUAGCUUUGGAAAACUGUUUGAAAAACUGCUCCGCUCCGCUCAGCUCAGCUCUCCAGCGCCAGCGUGUCCCGUUAUCGAAGUUGUUGCCGUUGCCGCAGUCCAGUUUUUCAUCGUCCUCUUCUUCUUCUGAUUCAGCCAUUUUCCAAGCUCUCUCGCUGCGCCGCUCUCGCACCCACACAAACAGAAACAGUAACAGAAGAGCCACAGCUGAGCGAGCGCUGAGUGAAAAUUUUUUAGUACGCUUCACACGAACUUCUGAAAAAAACCGCAGUCGAAACGCGGCCGCCAAACACAGCACAUCGGCGCACAUAAAGGGCAGAAAGAAGAUGAAGAAGUAGAGCCAGAAAAUCGGAAAACCAGAACAGAAUACUUCUACAAACGAAACGCAGCCAUCAGCACUUGAAACUCCGCCAUAUGUAGCAAAGCAAAGAAAAGAUAAAUACGAAAUUAAAAUCUCUGUCCAAACAACAAGAACGUCUUGAAUUAAAUCAAAACCAUGUGCUGUGCUUAAAUUUAUUAAGGAAACCAGACAGAGCGAGAUAGAAAAGGGAAGCUAAACCCACAGAAGCGAAAGAAGGAAAAAGCGAGAGAGAGCUGAACGGGGCGGCAAAUUUGCGUUGAUUUUUUAGCAUGUAUUGAAUUGAGAUGUUUAACUAGAAUAACAAAUUUAGUUGUUGAUACUUUUCCAAUUGUUUGUUAAAACGCUGUCGCUGGAAAAUCGAACUCUCCACCACAAACACACACACACAACAAAGUAAUACACCACAAUAAAACACCCAACCACACGCGAAGUAAAAUCAAAUUCUUGUGAUUAAAGUGCAUUUCUAUACGUACGUUAAACUACAACUAUUCACACCCACGCAAUAUAUUAAACGCAUCGAAAGUCGUCGUCCCAGAUCAAAAGUCUAUAUAAUCGCAUCAGGCGGCAGUCGGCAGACUUUCAAUAUAAAUCCAACAAUCGGCUGAAAACACACAAAAUAGCAGUUGCAACACGACUUUAUGAAGAUGGAAGUGCUCUCAGUACAAAAUCACAUUCAGGGAAAAUUCGGUGUUAAUAAAAUUAAAGACUGGCAAGCUGCAACGGCGCCGCUGGAGGAGGAGGAGCUGAACGCGGGCGUGAACGGAAAUACAGCCGCCGGAGAAGGCAUUCUGGACGUCGACGUGGUAGAUGGCCAUCCAGCCUCUGUGCUCCACAUGCGGCAGCACCAGGCGCUCAACACCCGCCCACCGGCCACGCCUCCGUCGGCAGGGGGCGGUGGUCCGUUGGCGGGCGGAGGAUCCGUCGGAAUGACCACUCCCAAGCAGGCCACGUCGCCGGUGGCCGCGGCCAGCUUUGAGGCGCCCCUAAGCGGAGGCAGUGCAGCCGCCUAUCAUCACGCCUACAUGACCAACGUGCUGUCCAGUACCGCCCAGCAGCACCAUCCACUGCCCGCAUCGCCGCUGCAGUCGACAGCCGGCGCUCGAUUUGGGGCCGCCGACAACCUGGACGAUGUGAGCGCCACCGCGGUGCGUGAACUGUCGCAGCAACUGCAGGCCCAACUGCGGGAUGCCAAGCGACGCCACCUGGCCUGCACCGAGGUCACGCUGCCCAACGACCUCACGCAGCGCAUUGCCGCCGAGAUCAUCCGGAUGUCGGAGCGAGAACCAUGCGGCGAGCGGGCCUGCACGCUCUUCAUUGAGUUCGAGAGCGAGCCCAACAAAGUCAAGCGCAUUGCAUACUUUAAGGUGGAUCCGGACACGGUGUCCAUCUUCGAGUUGUACUUGACGUUGAGGCAGGACAAGAGCGGCUGGAGCUCCUUGGUGCCGCAGUUUAUAAAAAACCUUACUCGUAGCAAUACCAUCAACAUCAGUCCCGAUUUCACGCUGACCAAGAAAAAGCUCUACUCAUCCGAGUGAGUCGCUCGACGGAGGAGCGGCAUGGAGUGCGAACCAGAAUCGCUGGGCUGCUCAGAACUCAAUCCCUCCGAACAACAACAGUAACAGCAGCAAUCGCAAUACCAACAUCUAUUGGUUGUGCCUCCUUCGUCGCAAUAGCCAAGAUUCAUGAUCUUCAUUAUGGAAUAUAAAGAGAUGAUGUUUAACCCUAGAGGCAAACUUUUGGACCACAAACUAUCAACUUACUCCUGCAAAUAACAAAUCAACUCAACGCUAAAGCAAAAACAAUUAUUUUGGAACCUAAGCUCUAAAACAAAACCAAAAAAACCAAAACGAAAACAAAUCAACUGCAGUUGCAGGCAACUCAAAACUCUUAUUGGACUGACUUUUUGGCUUAAACAAAAAAGGUACUUUUUGAAAAACGAAAAAAAUCGCAAAAAAAAAGAAGUAUUGAAAAUGAGGAUAGAGUGAGGAGAACACAAAAACCCAUAAGGAAUAUUCAAAAUAUUGUAAAACGUUAAGGCAGACAAGCAGAAGAAAACUUCACUCAGUGAACGGUUGUCGGUGAUCCGUUUUAAAUUGAAUACAAAAGGCAAAACCCCCGGAUGGAAGUGUAGAGUAUUAUCCCAAUUUGUAUGUAUGGAUGUGUGUACACCAUCACCUUGUAUCAUCAUCAUAAUCCAGGAAUCAAAUGUAGCUAAUAUAUUAUGUAUAACUUCAGUGCAUAAUGUAUGGCACAUGUCGUUUGUCACGAUUCAAUUAGGCUAUUACUUCUAAAUGCAUGCAAACAUACAUACAUCUAUAUACUGUAUUGAGAAAAAGAAAUCCAACAAAUUUUCUAUAUAUAUGAGAGCAAACAAUAAGAAUCAGAAUCGAUCAAUCGAAGCAGAAAGAUGAAAGUUAAUAAUAACAAAUAUAAAAACAAAGUUGAUGUGAUAUUAUAUAAUAAUUAUGAAUAUUGAUAAACGCAUACACACUCACGAAUACACUCACAUACAUUAAGAAAUCAAUUGCAGAAAAUUUGAAUACCAUGGAAAUUAUUUCGAAAUUUUGUUUUAGUUCCGACCUUUGUCAAGUGGGUUCCCAGCAAUCUUACAGAAAACACAAAAUUAUUGCUAGAAAAUAGAUUCAAACAAUUCUCAAAAUAUUUCCACCUAUUUAUGAUUAAGCUCUGUAUUAUUAUUUUAAUUGAUUAUAAUUAUUUUCUUGUUUUUGUGCAGAGUUCCAAACUUUGCGAGGAAAAUGUAGCCGAGUGGCUGAAUACAAUAUAAUGCAUAUAUAGAUAUAUAUGAAAAAUAUAAUUCUAAUAUUUGAUGUGUUUCUAAUGUAAGAUUUUAAUAUUAAACAAGCAAAACGAAAACAACAACAAGCAAACUAAACUAAAAUCCAGCAGAUUUCAUUCGAUGUGCGUAGCUGUGUGUUUAUCUGUAGAUUAGUUAACAACAAACAAAUGAAAACAACCAACCAACAAUAACAACACGAUAUGACAAACAAAUUUGAUGAGAAAGACGAUGAUUAUCGAUAGAAAGGGUUAUAAUAUUUAACUUAUAUACACGAAUGAAUGCAUUUUGGCUAGGUAGUUGGCAAACAAAUUGUUUUGAUUAACGAAAGAUCUAAGCAGUAAAAUUAUUUAUAAAAAGGAGCGAAAAAAUUAUUAAAAAAAUGGGUAACUAUUGUGAAGAGGCAGAAGCAAAAACUUUCGGAAAAUAUAAAGUCAUCUGUGUUAAUAAA